AUGGAUGAGUCGCAGUCAGUGUGCGUCGGUGACCGCAGAUGGUUUAGAGAUCUGCGCCGUUUUCCAGGAGAGGAUACUGAACCAGAAGUGCGGGUUGUGUCCUGUGUUGUGCAUCUCAUGCAAGGGGGGAAUAAUUUAUGAAGGGUCGUGCGGAGCUGUCAGACUGGCUAUGUUUAAUACUAGACGUUGUAUUUCAAAAGAGCCAGCUUUAAAACGGAAACGUGAAGAGUUUGACUGUCGUCGGAUACAAUUGCUACAUGACCCCUGUUAUGGUUGGCAGCUGCUGAGAAGUCUAAAGUUCAUCAGUGCAGGCUGAACAAAACCUCGUCGACCAAGCUUCAAUGGCAUCUGGUCAAACAGCUUUCCCUCCCUGCUGUCUGUGGAUAGCCCCGAGAACUGACUGAAGAAUGGCAAGGUUUAGGCGCAAAUCUUGCAUCACAUUCAUCGUUGUUGUAUUGCUUGUUCUCAUAGUAACCGUGGUCUUAAAGGGCCUUACAUCAGAGGACUCUCUGUUCAGAAGCCCUGUUGGUCUGGAGCUGCUUCCAGUCAUAAAGGAUGAGGUCCAGGUAGUAAACAACAAUAAACUUGAUCAGACAAAAAUGAAUGACAGAGAUGCCGAACUGGAAGCUACACUGAGGAAGUUCCCUCCUCCCAACUACUAUCUGCAUGCCUUCUACUAUGCGUGGUAUGGGAACCCCAAGUUUGACGGCAAAUACAUCCACUGGGACCAUCCUCAGCUGCCACACUGGGACUUUAAGGUAGCUCAGGGGUAUCCACAAGGGAGACACAGCCCACCUGAUGACAUCGGGUCCAACUUCUACCCCUCUUUAGGGCCGUAUAGUUCCAAGGAUCCCUCCAUUAUAGAGGCCCAUAUGCAGCAGCUGCGUAUAGCAGCCAUUGGUGUCAUUGCUGUUUCCUGGUAUCCUCCAAAUAUGAAGGACGAUAAUGGUGAUAUGAUGGAUGACUUAGUGCCUUUGCUGCUUGAAGUGGCCCAUAAAUACCAUAUUAAGGUAGCGUUUCACAUUGAACCAUACAAAGGUAGAGAUGAAGUCAACAUGUUCACUAAUGUCAAAUACAUAAUUGAGAAAUACGGAGAGCACCCUGCUUUCUUCAAGUACCGGACAAACACUGGCAAGCUUCUACCACUCCUCUAUGUGUAUGACUCAUAUCUGAUGAACUCUGAGCAGUGGGCCAAACUGCUGAAGCACACUGAGAGUAACAGCAUCAGGGAUACCCCGUAUGACGCCAUCUUCAUCGCCCUGCUGGUUGAGGAGAAACACAAGAGGGAAAUCCUGACUGCUGGUUUUGAUGGUGUUUAUACCUACUUUGCCACUAAUGGGUUUUCCUAUGGGUCCACUCAGCGGAACUGGGAUUCUAUUAAAGCUUUCUGCGAAGAUAACAACCUGAUAUUCAUCCCAAGUGUCGGCCCCGGGUAUAUUGACACAAGCAUUCGACCCUGGAACUUCCAAAACACUCGAAACCGCAUCAACGGCAAAUACUAUGAAACCUCACUGAGUGCUGCAUUACAGGCCAGGCCUGAUUUUAUCUCUAUAACGUCUUUUAAUGAAUGGCACGAGGGGACUCAGAUCGAAAUGGCAAUUCCCAAAACGAGCCAGACUGUGUAUCUCGACUACCUGCCAAAUAAACCUGCAAUCUACCUAGAAAUAACUCGCAAAUGGGCUGCGAUAUUUGGUGGCGAAAGACGGAAAUGGCAGGAAUGAGCUGUAGCAGAGGUCUGUUUGUGGUUGUGUGAUUUAAUUACAUGAAAGCUAAAUGGAGUUCUAGUUGCAGAAUGGACAUGAAGAAUAACUGUAUGAGAACAGCUAAAGGAUUUGCCACAGACAGUGAACUACAUUAUAUUGAUUUUGGCUGCAGUGAUGUAUGGGAUUUUUUACAUUUCAAUUAUUGAUAAUUUAACUGAUGUCUCAUUACUUCUUGUUUACACAAACCCUAGUACAUUUUUGAAUUCUGAACACAGUCCGCAUGUUUCAUCACCAUCUACAGCUGAGUCUACAACUGUUCAUUGGCAUGAUUUCCCAUCCUGUAAUCUGUGAAUACAUUAUACCUCAAUAGAAAUGUGCACCCUGGAAAGGAAGGAAACACACAAAUAAACAAAGCAGUCUGCUGGUAAA